CAGAGAUUUCCAGUCGCAUCCUAUUCAUCAGGUCAGAAUUUCGAUAAAUUGAUUCAGCUUGCGAUAGCAGCCCCGGAGAAUCCGGGCUCUCCAACAUGCAUUACAUAAGAUUCUGCCGGCCACCCAAGAUUUGGGCAGGCAGGCCCUAUGCUACAGUCAAUGUGGUGCUGACCAUCACCACCGACCUGAGCGACGCCUUCCUCUCUCCGCGCAAUCCCAUCGAGCUCGCUGUCAUUGGCGCAUACACUGAACACAAGGAUGGGAAGGAUCGGAUUGUUCCAGUCGUCUUGACGCAGGGCAACCCGCCUUUGUGGAAGGCUGGGAUGAGAGUGCUUAAACUGGACUUGCCAUUGCCGCUGCAGCCCAUCGAGACGAUCCAAAUUCGCCCCUUAAAUCGGCAGCUCACGGCGAUGGGGACGAGCGACGUUCUUCCCGGGAACCAAGGUCUGAUCAUGGCAGUUUAUGCGGAUAUUCCGCGACCGGGUGAUGGAGGUGCGCCUUCGGUAUGUUUCCGGAGCCUGCGACUGUCCACCGGGGAUAUGGCCGCUGGUGUGAUGGCUCCUCAACCACUGCAGAUUGAGGAGGAUCUAGGCGAGAGCAUUGCGCGCCAUAUUUGGGAUUCGGGUAUUGUUAUGGUCUCCUUGCUGGCGGAUAUGUGCUUGGACAGCACGGCCAGUGCCAAAGAAAGGCUGCCUCUGUUUCGCAGCAUCCUGCAAACACCAAGCCACCCGUUGAGGAUUUUGGAGCUUGGAUGUGGUGUCGGAGUCAUGGGUAUUGGUUUGGCGCGCAUCAUGUCGUUGAAGUCGACCGGCGGAGCGCCGCAUAUUCUCAUCACAGAUCUUCCCGAAGCAGAGGAGAAGGCUCGAGCGAACAUGGCCCGUCAGGCAGACAAACUUGGUGACACCCCAGCGAGACUCGAUUUUGAGGCCUUGGAUUGGGAAGAUGGGAAGAACGGCGUCUUUGGAGAAAAGGCCGCUUCUCGCCCAUGGGACCUCGUCGUCUUGUGUGAUUGCACCUACAACACCGACACGCUGCCGCCCCUCGUCAAGACGCUCUCUGCGCUCCACAGCCGGUCUGCGCAGCAUCCUUCAACCGCCGGGCCGCCCACCACAACCGAGGUUCUCGUUGCCACCAAGACCAGACACUCAUCGGAAAAGGCCUUCUUCAACCUAAUGGCCGAAGAUGGAUGGGCUAUCCGGGAACAGACGGUGUUGCCACUCCCCGUACUCGAUGGCGAAGGACAGACUGUCGAAGUUUAUUUAUUUGGGAAAGCCGGUUGCUAAAUGGCACCUCCUGGGAUGAGCGAGCUGAGCGAGCUCAGCGACAAUGCGGGUCAGGUCUUUUGGGAAAGGGACGACGAUGUGGGAAAAAAGGGGCCGAGAGGUCCAUAGCGCCACAAAACCUGGGCAGCCAGCUUUCCAUG